AUGCAUAUUAUCAAGCCAGUUUGGCUCACGCAUGGAGGCGAGAGGAAAGAUUUCGAAGUAUACAGUUGCGAUGUUUCCCCCGAUGGAAGCCGACUUGUGACGGCCGCCGGAGAUGGAUAUGUUCGAAUUUGGUCUACGGAGGCGAUCUGUAACACGGACGACCCCGAGGUCGCGAACAAGCCGAAACAGCUGGCGUCGAUGAGCAACCACUCCGGGACGAUACACACCGUUAGAUUCUCGCCGAAUGGGAAAUACCUGGCGUCGGGUGCCGACGAUAAGAUUGUUUGUAUCUACGCUUUGGAUGCGAAUGCGCCAUCACACGCUUCGACGUUCGGUUCGAACGAAGCACCGCCGGUAGAGAAUUGGCGCACAACUCGCAGAUUGAUAGGGCAUGAUAACGACGUUCAAGAUCUGGGAUGGUCGUACGAUUCUUCGAUUCUGGUGUCUGUCGGCCUGGAUUCCAAGGUGGUGGUGUGGUCGGGACAUACCUUUGAAAAAUUGAAGACUUUGUCGGUGCACCAGAGUCAUGUCAAGGGCAUCACCUUCGAUCCGGCCAACAAAUACUUCGCCACGGCGAGCGAUGACCGCACCGUUCGCAUCUUCCGAUUUACCUCCCCGACGCCGAACUCGACGGCUCAUGAUCAGAUGAACAACUUUGUCCUCGACACCAGUAUCCUGGACCCCUUUAAUAAUUCCCCCCUCACCGCCUAUUUCCGUCGAUGCUCGUGGUCUCCGGAUGGUAUGCAUAUUGCGGCCGCGAAUGCCGUGAACGGACCCGUUAGUUCUGUGGCCAUCAUCAACCGCGGGACGUGGGACGGCGAUAUCAAUCUGAUCGGACAUGAAGCUCCGGUGGAAGUGUGCGCAUUCUCUCCGCGACUGUAUGCCCCGGUCAACCAACAGACUGUCGACGGCCAUGCAACCCCCUCCGUGACGGUCAUUGCCUGUGCCGGAGGCGACAAGUCAUUGAGCAUCUGGAUCACGAGUAACCCUCGACCGCUGGUGGUUGCCCAAGAGCUAGCGGCCAAGUCCUUAUCCGAUCUGGCAUGGAGUCCUGACGGGAGAUGUCUCUACGCAACCGCUCUAGACGGAACGAUCUUGGCGAUCCGGUUUGAAGACGGGGACCUUGGGUAUCCCAUGGAAAUGGAGGAGAACGAGAAGUCGCUCACCAAAUUCGGUACGAAUCGGAGGGGUGCUGGCAUUGCGGAGACUACGGAUGGAUUGCUACUGGAGGAAAAGAGCAAAGCCGGCGAGAUCAAGGGCGUCGAAGGGAGAAUGGGUGCCUUGAUGGGCGAUGACCACACGGCCUCAGAAAACACCGUCAACGGGAAGUCGACCCCGUUACCGUCGAAUGGAGUCACCCCAGCUCGAGCUGCGUCGCCCCCUGCGGAAACCCAGAAGAACCAAACCAACGGCACAGCGACCCCGGCCGCCCCCGAGGCGCCAAAGCCUGAUCCAUACCAGGCCAAGUUGGAAAGGCUAAAGCAACGUCCCACCUACACCAAGGAUGGCAAGAAGCGCAUUGCGCCCCUCUUGGUGUCCGGCGCAGGGGCGGCCGAAUCCUCGCUGCCCCAAGCACGGCUCAUGGCGUCGGUCAGCAACCAAGUGAAGGCCGACACGCCCCAGUCCAUCGUGGAUCUCUCCAAACCCUUCGACGGCCUACCGAAAGGGGGGCUGACGUCGCUGCUGUUUGGUAACAAACGGAAGCUUGCCCAAUUAGAGGGGGAUGACGACGGUCAUGUGGAAAAGCGAGUAGCCGUGGCAAGUGCAAACGGCGCGACCCCGAUUCUUGCCAACACGCCCGAUGGCCUCCUUCCGGCACAACCACAGCCCCCCUCAGUUGGACAGCAACCCACACCCGACUUUAUCCGGCCUGCGGUCGUCAAUCCGUCCAUGGCGAUGAGUCAACUUCGAAUGGCGGUCCCUAAGGUCCGUAGCCAGAUCGUGCGCGCCAUCGACCCGGCCGGGAACCCCACGGAGCCGCCGGGCACGGCGGCCGAAUCCAGCAAGUCGCGAGUCGACGUGGUGUUCGAGGCGCGCAACCCGUCUCCUGCCAGCUUGACGGGUCGCGCCGUUGAUCGAGAGCCGGUGCGACUGACGCUGUCGCGAGGUGAGCAGCCCAUCUGGCAGGACUUCCUCCCACGCGCCGUCCUGCUCGUGACGGGUAAUCAGCACAUGUGGGCUGCGGGCUGCGAGGACGGGUCGAUUUACAUCUGGACCCCUGCCGGCCGUCGUCUCGUCAGCGCUCUAGUGCUGGAGGCGCAGCCGGUUAUCCUGGAAUGCAAAGGGCCGUGGAUUCUAGCCAUUUCCGCCGUCGGCAUGUGCUUCGUUUGGAACGUGCAACAUCUCUCUUCGCCUCACCCUCCCAUCUCCCUGCAACCGGUGCUGGAUGCGGCGGUACACACGCUGGGAGCGCACCCGUCGGCGGCACCGGCGGUAACGAACGCGCGCGUGAACUCGGAGGGCCGGGUGGUGGUGGCUUUGUCCAACGGGGAAGGAUAUGCCUACUCGCCGGCCCUGUACACGUGGCAGCGCAUCUCGGAGGCGUGGUGGGCGGUCGGCAGCCAGUACUGGAACACGACGGACGCGCCGGUGGGCAACCUGCAGUCCACAGAUUCGCAGCAGGAGAGGGAGGCCAAGGCGACGGUGUCGGCGGGCAUCAUCCCGUUCCUGGAGCGCAAUACAACCAACGAGACCCUGCUGCGCGGACGAGCGUACUUCCUCCAGCGGCUGAUCAAGGUUCUGCUGUCGCGCGAGGGCUACGAGAGUUUCGAGUCCAGCGUGUCCAUUGCGCAUCUGGAGAACCGACUGGCGGCGGCGCUGUCUCUGGGCGCGAAAGAAGAGUUCCGGCUGUAUCUGUCGAUGUAUGCCAAGCGCAUCGGCGCGGAGGGACUCAAGAUGAAGGUGGAGGAGUUGCUGAAGGGACUUAUUGGGGGACUCUUUGAAGAGGAGGAGACGAGCCACGGGGGACGACUACAGGCGAAUGAACAGGAGGACCGCAACUGGCGUGAGAGCUCGGAGACCCUCUGUGGCUGGCCACGAGAGGUGCUGCUGAAGGAGGUGAUUCUGGCGCUGGGUAAACACCGAGACCUGCAACGGGUGACGGUCCCGUAUGCGAAGCUACUGGGGGUGGUGGAGAACGAGUCGGAGGCGGGUGAAGCGAUGGAAACGUAG